AUGGGUGCAAGAGAUAAUGUGCACAAGCUUGUCAAAAGGGCCAGUGACUAUCACAACCUUUCUGCCGAAGAGCGCAAUAAACUUGUUACUGCCUUUGAUGAGGAGAAAGAGAUCGCUCGUGACAGGCCCCCUAAUCUAUCUGUCAAGACCCGAAACGCAGAGUGCUCAAAUAGUUUCAAGGCGAUUGUAGAUGAGGUUGAAGCUCUGAAGCAACAAAUUGGAAUGGAGGCACUUGUUGUCCUCGUGCGCGGUACCUGUGAUCUCAACAUCGAGCCAAAGGUCCAUUUUACUAGUUCUGCCAUUGAACAAUACCUCAGGACAGCGACAUGGAAGCAUGCAAUGGAGUUUGCAUGCAAACUAGAAGGAUAUAUCAUCUCUGGAGUCAUAGAACAAAACGGCUUGUCUCUCACUCACAAGGAAUGUGUCAAGAAAGCAAAGCAGAUUAUUAGGAGUGGCAUGCAGGCUGGAUUGCUUGGAAUCACCGGCCAUUCGGAGGCCAACUUCGAGUAUCUACGCUACGAACAUGUAGUCCAAAAGUUCCUUGUCAAGGUUGUCAGAUGGACCCAUAGUGACUGGGCAAACCCAAGCGAUCUGAAAGGAGGGAUUGAGGCUCUCGAGACUCUUGCAGAUGCUAUCAAGCAGAAGACAUGCAAGUUUGUGACAAUCACUCAUGAGGAGGCUAACAAGCACCUUGAAUGCAUUGCUGCAGGUGAAAGCCUCACACCUAACAUUGACAAGGACACCUCUUUGAGUGGAGGCAUCAGUGCAGAGCCCUCACAAAUGGCGUCACAAAUGCCAAUCCAGCAAAGUCCAACUAUAUCGGCCAUGACCGCUACCACAUCUGCUACCACGACCGCUACCAUGUCAUCACCUACCACCGCUACCACAUCCGCUACCACAUCUGCUACCAUGUCCGCUACCAUGUCCGCUACCACGUCCGCUACCACGUCAUCACCUAAUGUGAUUAGAUUCGCCUCGGCUGAGUCCACUACUAGCACACCACCACCUGUCACUAAUGAAACCAACAAUUUGCAACCCCCUAUGGCCAACAGCACCCCACCCAUGCCUGAUACACUGCCGCCUGCCAGUAGCAACGUGCCAUCAAUGCAAAUCCCCGACACGCACAUUGAUCCACAUCUCCUGAACUAUGUCCCUACACCCAACCUCAUCAACCCUACACCAGAGCUCAUCUUUUCUACCCCCAAUCUCACUCUCCCCUCGACUAUUCAUUCGGCAUCUCUCAGUGACCCCUCUGGUGUUCAAGACACAUCAGCACUAACUGCUGUCACAAACCACAAGCGGUGUGCACCAGCAACUCUCGAGGAACCGAGGUCCAAGCAUUUGAAAAAACCCUCAGCUAAGGCACUGGCAGCGGAGAUGGAUAAUGGAGGCCAAAAGGGAAAGAAGAGCAAAGAAGGAAGAGCUGGGAAGAAGGCUUCUGGACCCAAGAGUACUGCCUAUGUUGAUUCCAAGAAUGAGAAUGAUCACACUGACACAUAG